AAAGGAUAUGUCAAGUUAUGAUUUGUAUAAGAAACUAUCAACCAAUGGCGAUAUUAGAUCACAAGAUAUAAAUACAUUGAGCAUCUUCAUUUUUUUUCAUCAGUUGGCAUUAUCAUGUUGACUGACAAAUUUUGGAUCAUAAUUAUGGCUUUUAAGUUCGUGUAUGGAUUUCAAUUUGCUGGAGAAAAUCCAAUAGAUGACACAAGUCAAAAAACGGGACUAAACAAGGUUGACAUGAACCAAUAUAACAAAUAUGAGUCUGAAAAUAAUGAACCGAAUGGCAAAUCAAGUGGUGAGAUAUCAGUUAAUACCGCUGAUAAACGAUUCAACGAGCACUUAAAGCAUCCAUGUUCUUGUCAUUCAGAUCUAAAAUGGGAAGAUUUCGGUGAAAAUGUUUAUCCUCGAUAUCAUCGUUCCAAAAUUUGUAAUACUGACAAAAAUCUGCAAUCGAAUGAAAUCUGCAAGUUUGGCACUAAAUGUAAUAAUAUUUAUCAUAAAAUUUAUUUACUGAAAAUGAGAGAAAAGGAUAUGGAUUUAUUGCAAGAGGAGCACGGUACUUUACCGAACAACCUCAAACGCGAUUAUUACUGGCAUACAAAAAAAAUCUCAAUCGAUUGUCGUUGCAUUUUUUAA